AACUGGUGCUGGGGUGUGGAGAGAUGGCAAAGAAUUCAGCAAGGGCGCUAGGAGGUUCAUGUAGAAGCAAGGCACAUGCCCUGCAUGCACAGAGCUGGGGCAUCCGCGCAGAGGUGGCCAGGCCUGAAAGGAGGUGGAGGUGGAGCUGAAACGCCAGGGAGAUGGGGAGAUGAGGAGGAGGAGUGAGGAAACCUCAAGACUGGGGGACAAAGGGAGGAGAUAAGGGAGAAGCCUGAAAAGUGCGAGGGAACAUCGCAAAGAAGUAAGAAGAGGACAGUGAAAGGGGAGCCCCAGGAAGGAGAAGGAGUUGCUGGACAGAGGCACAGGAGAUGCCGGGUGGGGCUGGGGGUGGGGGGGUGUGGGCGGUGGCGGAGAUCGCUAGGUCAGGCAGGGUGGCCUCAGGGACUCAGGGAGCCUGCACCAGGCUUUGUGGUGGCAGAGUCAGGUUUGCUGUGCAUCUCUGUGGUUAACACAUCCCAAGGCAUGAACAAGCCUGGGGCCAGCCUGUGCAGAGCAGGAGAACAGGAAAGCCUUCAUCUUGGUAGGAAACACAUGGAGAGAAACACUCUGGGUCCUGGGGACGUUGAAAGGCUGAGGCUGCAACAUGUGAGGAAGGGAUUAGAGCUCGGGAAGGACUCACCAAUGGAUACUAGCAAGGAACACCUUCUCUGGGGAACUCUCAACUCAUCAGAUCUAUCCUCCUAGUUCAUAAAAGAGGAUACACCCCCAGAAAAUACACCCAUUGCACCUUGGUCUCAAAGCUCACGUCCCAUCAACAUGCCCUUCCAGCCCCAGGAUGCCUUCUCAGAAUCCUUGAACUGAGGAGGACCACACCAGGGCAUGAGAGGUCACCUGCCUUUCUCCAUGGCCCUCCCUUGGGCUGCCUACCAGUUCCUCCUGAGAGCUCACUGCAGCUCUUUCUGCUGCCAUCAUCACCUGGAGCUCCCUGUUCCAAGCAGAGAGAUCUCAGAGGGCCCAAGCAUCACCCUCCUCCCUGAGCUGGUCAGAUAGGGGCUGGGGGGCCACCAAGAGGCUACAUCCUUCUGAGUGAGGGGUUGCUUUGCUCAGCACAAUCCUGAUCAGUGCCUCGCCUGCCCCUAGCCACAGGGCCCCACGGAAAUGCUGAGCAGGGCCCUGGGAGGAAAGCGGGUCAAGGAGUGACGCGGGUGAGCUGGGGGAGGUGGGGGCCAGGGACCAUAUGUGGGUGGGGGGGAAAAGGGGGACUUUCGGAGCAUCUGGAACUGGAAGAGGCUAAACGCCAUUCCUACCCUCAACCCCUUACCACAGAAACCUCGGCCAGGACCACACCCCCUCAUCCCCUUCCAACCCGCUGGCCCUGUGCAACCAUACCUCCACCCCACCCCCACCCGUGAGGGUCCUCAGGAGAACAUGGGCUGACAGCCCCUCCCGCAACCCACUGCCAGCUUCUGCAUGCCCAAGGAAGGCCAGCAGGGAAAGGCCUGUGCCAGGCGCCAUUAGAGUCCCAGCAAGAUCAGAGACCUCUUAGGAGGUUUGGCCCAGAGAAUCCAGGAAAGAUUAAUGCCUCCCCCAGGCCCAGAGACUCUGAAAAGUGGGCUCUAGAGUGGAGACAGUCAUAAAAGGGGGCUCCAAGACAAACCCAGGAAGGGAGAAGGCCAAGAGGGACUCCCAGACUGAGAGGGGCACCUGAUUACUAAGGGGUCUUGAAGAGGGAGCCCCGAGGUUGAGGUGCCCACAGAGCAGAUUUGAGGCUGAGAGGGCCUCUGAGGUUGAUGGACCCCGAGAAGGACUCCAAGACCAAGAAACUCUGCGGAGACUCCCACAGCAGGACACCCUCCUAAGCAGACCUGAACCAGAGAAAGCUUCCCAUUUCUCAAGUGUAAUCUGGGGUCAAACACCCUGAUUUUGAAUCCUGACUCCACCACUUUGCUAGCUGUGUGACCUCAGACAAGUUACUUAACCUCUCUGUGUCUCACUGUCCUCAUCUUUGAAGUAGGGAUAAUGGUACCUACAACACAAAGUUUUCUGUGAGGAUUAGAUCAUCCACAUAAAGCCUUAAGAACCAUUUCUGGCACAUGGUUACACAUUAUUGUUAACACCAUCUUCAUUCCAAGUUCAGCAGUUUUGCUCCUGAGGAAAUUUCUGACCGACUAAUCCCUCCUACAGAUAGUGGCAUUUGUCUGAUGGUUAUUACUGCUACUAGAAUCACUUAUGCCCUGGCCCAGGGCACGCACGGUGUCUGCAGGGAGGGCAUGAGCGUGGUGGGUGGUGGGCAGCCUCCCAGACUGCAUCUCACUGAGCACGACUGUCGGCAGGCCAUAGGGUCGCAGGUGGCCCCAGGCAGACAUUCUGUGACUUACCUCUAGAAAUAGCCCCGUCCCUGGAGUCACCUGGCAAAGAGGGUCAGGCUCUCGGGGAUCCUCGGGGGGAGGGGGAGUAAGGACCUGGCCCCAGGCUCCUGUGAGCUCCAUUCCGGCUCCCCAGCCAGAACUACCCCGGCGGGUGGAAACAGCUUUUACGCGUGUGGCUGUCGCCUGUGGUUUUGGAAUUUUCCAACGCCCCCUGCGAUUGGCUGCCCCGCCCCUCACACUCUGCCCCAGGCCCAGAUUGGCCACAUGGGGCGCCUGUCAUCCUACCCGCUGCACCCCAGGGGGGUGGGGGGGUGGAGUUGGGGGGGUUGUCCCUCAGCCACCUGUGUGGUGCAGAUCUUAAACCCCCCCGGCCCAGAAGCAUUGGGGGAGAGCUAGGUGCAGAGCUGCGGACUGAGGCUCUGCCAAGAGGGCCUGGCCCCCAACCCUGCUGUCAACUGCACCCCAUCCCUGGACCACCCCGGCUAAGAAGGACAGGGAGCCCAGGCGGCAAAGCCCAGGACUCAGUCAUGAGAACACAAAUUGAAGUGAUUCCUUGCAAAAUCUGUGGGGAUAAGUCAUCUGGGAUCCACUACGGGGUUAUCACCUGUGAGGGGUGCAAGGGCUUCUUCCGCCGGAGCCAGCAGUGCAGCGUGGCCUACUCCUGCACGCGCCAGCAGAACUGCCCCAUUGACCGCACGAGCCGCAACCGAUGCCAGCACUGCCGCCUGCAGAAGUGCCUGGCCCUGGGCAUGUCCCGAGACGCUGUCAAGUUUGGCCGCAUGUCCAAGAAGCAAAGGGACAGCCUGCAUGCAGAGGUGCAGAAACAGCUGCAGCAGCGGCAACAGCAGCAACGGGAACAAGCGGCCAAGACCCCUCCCAGGGGAGCCCAAGGAGCAGACCCCCUCGCCUGCACCUUGGGGCUCCCGGAUGGGCAGCUACCCCUGGGCUCCUCGCCUGACCUACCAGAGGCAUCAGCCUGUCCCCCCAGUCUCCUGAGAGCUCCAGGCUGCGGGCCCUCCUACUCCAACAGCCUGGCCAAGGCCGGGCUCAACGGGGCCUCAUACCACCUGGAAUACAGCCCUGAGCGGGGCAAGGCUGAGGGCAGAGAGAACUUCUAUGGCACAGGCAGCCAACUGGCCCCGGACAGGUGUGGACUUCACUUUGAGGACCCCAGGCGUCCUGGGCUUGGGGAGCCAGGACGGGGCCUGGACAGCUACUUCACCCCCAGUUUCCGCAGCACCCCAGAGGUGCCUUAUGCUUCCCUGACGGAGACUGAGCACCUGGUGCAGAAUGUUUGCAAGUCCUACCGGGAGACGUGUCAGCUGCGGGUGGAGGACCUGCUCCGUCAGCGCUCCAACAUCUUCUCGCGAGAGGAGGUGGCUGGCUACCAGAGGAAGUCGAUGUGGGAGAUGUGGGGACGCUGUGCCCACCGACUCACCGAGGCCAUUCAGUAUGUGGUGGAGUUCGCUAAGAGGCUCCCGGGCUUUAUGGAGCUCUGCCAGAACGACCAGAUCGUGCUACUCAAAGCAGGAGCCAUGGAAGUGGUGCUGGUCAGGAUGUGCCGGGCCUACAACGCUGACAACGACACAGUCUUUUUUGAAGGCAAAUACGGUGGCGUGGAGCUGUUCCGAGCCUUGGGCUGCAGUGAACUCAUCAGCUCCAUCUUUGACUUCGCCCGCUCCCUGAGUGCCUUGCGCUUUUCAGAGGACGAGAUCGCCCUCUACACAGCCCUCGUCCUCAUCAAUGCCAACCGGCCAGGGCUCCAAGAGAAAAGGAAAGUAGAACAGCUGCAGUGCAAUCUGGAGCUGGCCUUUCAUCAUCAUCUCUGCAAGACUCAUCGCCAAGGCAUCCUGGCAAAGCUGCCACCCAAGGGGAAGCUGCGGAGCCUGUGUAGCCAGCAUGUGGAAAAGCUGCAAACCUUCCAGCAUCUCCACCCUAUCGUGGUCCAAGCUGCUUUCCCUCCACUCUACAAGGAACUCUUCAGCACUGAAAUCGAGUCACCCGAGGGACUGUCCAAGUGACCUGGAGGAGGGACUCCGUUCCCUUUUCUAGAGCCUGCUGGCUCACCUUUCCCUUGGCCUUUUCCUUUCCUGUGGCCCCUGGAGGGUGGUCUCUGUCUGUUUGGGGGGAUGGGUGAACAAACGCUGAGACUGGGUUUCAGCCCACCGGCCUGCCUGGCAGCAGGCCAAGAACCAGAGGGUCGGGAUGGAGGGGCUCCAUCCCCAGCUUCAGCUUUGUCCAGACUCCUUUCCCAUGCCCUGUCACCCCUAGCUUCUGGGAGGCCUGGGGUGGGAUACAAGGACCUCUUGGAGGACUUAGGUAUCCUCAGGACAAUAGAGGGUUCCAGGACACCCUGGAUGAAUGGAACUCACCUCUGGACUCAGAAGCUAAGAAUAGGACUUUGAAAUACCUCAUUGCAUUUCCCUGGGGGCUUUGGCUGGGGUGGUGCAACAAGCUUGGAGACUGGCGGCCGGAGCCCAGAAGGACCUGUAUAUAACAUGAAUCUGCAUCACUAGGUGUUCUGCCUUCCCCCUCCCUCCCAGCUCAGCAAGGAAAUGGUUAGGCACUCUGGGGUUUUGAAAAAAAAAAACACAAAAAACUGGAUAUGUGAAGGGUAAGGAUGGGAUGGGAGUAAGGGAGGGGCUGGGGAUGAUAAUUUUAUGGGAUUUGCAUAUAGGGAUAGGGUAUGAUGAAGACCAAGAACAUCACAGACAGUUAGAACUCAGACUUCUUAUGUGCACUUUAAAAAUAGACUUUAGGAGUUACCCAAACCUGUCAGAGACACACAUCUACAGACAGGUGAAACAUACUCACACACUCAACCUGCAGUCAUAUGGCUCUAUAGACACAUUUAAUCUGACACAAUCUCUGUCUUCCUUGAGGUCACAGCUCAGAGGAACUUAGCAGUCUCAGGGAAGAGUCCCAAUCCUGAGGAACCCCAAAACAUUUCACCUGGUGCUCAACUUCACCAGUCUUAGGCCAGGGGUAGCCCAAACUCUCUGCCAGCCCCAGCUGUCUUUGGUUGCAAGAAAUCCUAAAAGGCUGGACGCCGAUCAGUCACAGGGCCAAGGACAGACCCUUGGAGUACUAGUUGUCUGGUCCCCAUCCUGCAGCCCUGCUCUUAUUAUGAAAAAGGAGGCAGAUGCAAUUCCAGCACUCUCUACGUGGAUACCGCCGGGUCCAGCAAGGUGGAGAAGACCGUGAUCUUGCCCAAGAACUUCUCUUGGUUUUAUAAAUAGCUGUGUGCCCUCCUUGGAGGGAAACAGCAGGUGGUCAGGAGGUUUGGUUUUUUUCUUUAUUUCUCCUCUCAGGGGAGUGUAAACAUAAACCCCAACCUGUGCCAUUCUUUAUAAAAUGAUUUCAAAGGCAA